AUGACUCCUAAAGAGAUGGUAGAAUUAAGGAAGUACAUUGACAUCAAUUUGAAGCAAGGCUUUAUUGAACCAGCUAAGUCAGAAGUAGCAGCCCUUGUGCUCUUCAAAGACAAGAAAGAUAGCAGAGUUCAUCUCUGCAUUGAUUUGUGUGGGAUAAAUGACUUUUGCACAAAAAACACCUAUCCCAUACCCCUCAUGUUGAACCACUUGGCUAAAGGCAAGGUGUUCACCAAACUGGACUUGAGAGAAGCAUAUUACCACAUACAAAAGCACAUGAAGCUGAUACGACAGGUCCUGGAAAAACUUCUAGCUGCCAAGCUAUACAGAAAAUUGUCAAAGUGUGAAUUCCACAAAAUCUCACUUGAUUGCCUUGGCUAUCACAUCUCCAGCGAGGGGAUAGAGAUGUAUUCAAGGAAAGUGAAAGCUGUGUUAGACUGGAAAUCCCGAAGUGCCCGCAAUCAGCUACAAAGCUUCCUUGGAUUUGCCAACUUCUAUAGGCAAUUCAUCACAGCUUUUGCAGAGUUCCUGAGGUCCAUUGAGUCCACACAAGGACUGAGCUCGACUUUUCAUCUGAGUACAAACAGGGAAAAGCCAAUGCAAUUGUGGAACAAUACAUCCGUUGUUAUGUGGAUUACCAGCAAGACAACUGCUCAACAGAAUGAAAAUCAGCUGACUUUCCUCACUCAAAGCUCUUUGGUGAAGAGGAAUUACAGGAUGAUGCAGGGGUUUUUCUCCAAUCUGGGUCAUUACCAGAAGUUCUUUCAAAUGAUCUUUGUCCUUGGGAUUGGUGGGAACCUUAUCGUUGGCUAUCAGAUUUCUGUGAUCAAUUAUCCCUCUGUGUACAUCAAGAGGUUCAUGAAUGAAUCCUGGCUGGAGCGCACUGGAGCCCCCCUCAAUGAAAAGAUGCUGAUCUUCCUGUGGUCAUUUGCUGUGUCUGUCUAUGGAGUAGGAGGCCUACUGGGAUGUCUCUGCAGUGGAUUCCUGACUGUGAAAUAUGGGAAGCCUCUGCCAGGCCAUUCAUUGUCAGUACGCUGGAGAAAUUUCCCCCAAGAAGUGGCGAGGACUUGCAAAUGCUACCUCAGGAUUCUUUUGGUCUCUGGGGAAAUGCUGGGGCCAAAUCUUGGGACUCAGGAGGGAGAUGAGGAAGGCUGCCUGAAAGCAAUGCACCAGCUGUGGGGUCAAGGGGAUCACAAGGAAGAGCUUGAGGAGCUGAAGAAAGAAAUGGUCCCAGGAGGGCAAAGGAGCAAAGUGCUUUGGCCAGGAGAGCUGUUCCACGAUGCAUCACUUCGCCAGCAGCUGAGCAUCCUAGUGGCUGUCAUUGUUACUGUGCAGUUCUGUGGCAUCAAUGCGGUUUAUUUCUAUGCUUUUGAAGUGCUUCAGAAUGCAGGCUUAGAAGAGAGACUUAUCCCCUACAUCGCCCUGGGCAUCGGCUUCUCUGAGCUCUUCUCAUCUUUCAUCUGUAUAUUUACCAUUGAACAGUAUGGAAGGAGGCCGUUGCUGUGGAAAGGCUGUGGGUCGAUGGCCUUGGUGCUCUUUUUCCUCACAGGGACGCUUUCUCUGCAGAAAAGCCUCCCCUGGAUGUCUCUCUGCAGUGUCAUCCUGAUUUUCUUGCUUGUCAUCCUCUUUGGAGUUGGACCAAAUGGAGCCACAUUCUCUAUUAUGAUGGAAAUUUUCAGCCAGUCCGCCAGGGCAGCAGCGUUCACAAUCGGUGGUUGUCUAAACUGGGCAGGCCUCUUUGUUAUCGGAAUCGCUUUCCCUUUUGCUGAGGAAAGUCUGGGUCCCUUUUGCUUCCUUCUCUUUGCCACCGUGCUCUCUGGCUCUGGGAUAUUCUUCUACUUAUUCCUUCCAGAGACAAAAGGCAAAUCUGCAGUAGAGAUCACAGAGGAAUUCAGCAGAUCAUCUUUGGGAAAGAAACUUGCUGUUCUCGGGAAAAAUUUCAGUGAGGACCAUUCAGUGUACUCAAGUUUCUGAGCUACAUCUGCCGAGGAAGAUUUAAAAGGGUAUGGGCAUCACGAAGGGCAAUGUUGCCAAGACGAAUAUUUCAGCUCCCAGCAGUUUUGGCUCCUGGUAAGCUCAGGUGCUCCACCCCUCCGUAAGUGUUACUCUUCAUUUUAAUCUGAACACAGAUUAAAGUACAGCCAACCAUCUUGUAACCCCCAUCCUUCAUGGCAUUGAGGUGUCUUCCACUUCUUGCUGAGCAUUUAUAGAUCUCUCCCAACAUGUUGCCAGGUUGCCACUGCUUACUGGCUUCAUUUCUGCUCAAGCUCAAAUGCUUUUCCUGCACAAUGUUUUCCUUAUUGUUUUUCACCUGUUGGAAAAGCAACUCAUGGCUCUACUCAAAUCUCAAUCAAAUUAAAUUAAACCAACCUAGUUAAUGUGUAAAAAUGGCUGCUAAAGAGUUGCUACUUGAAAUUAUUUCCUCCAUCCCUUCUAUCUUUAAGCUUUAUGAUUAAAGUAUUUAACCUUAGACAAAUAACAUACUAAAGGGUUUUACUAACAUUUUAUUUCUGAGCAACUUGGAAUAUGUUAACAGCAAAAUAAAAAUGUAAAAAAAGGAACAGUAACUCAAUUCCAGUCCAAGUCCAAUACACUCAAAAUUGUCAACAUUGAGAAUGUUUUCUUUAUAUAGACUGAAGAAAUAUAGAGGAAAAGUCAAGAAAACAGUCGGCCCACUGAAGAGAAAAGAUGGCAAGGAGGUAACAAGCAUUAGAGAGAAAGAGAUACUUAACUCAUUCUUUGCAUCAGUCUUCAUGCAAAAAGAAACUUUAGCCCAAUGUAUCAAAAUGUAACAGUAAAAUACAGACUAGAAAUACAAUUAAAAUAAGCAAGAAAAUGAUAAACAAACACAUGUCUGACUUUGAUUAGUAUAAAUCUCCGGGACCUGAAGGAUUACAUUCCAGGGUUCUGAAGGAGCUGACAGAUGUUCCUCAAAACCAUUGUAUCAUAUCUUUUAAAAGUCCUGGCACACCAGGGAACUGCCAGAGAAUUGGAAAAGAACUGUGGUUCCCAUCUUCAAAAAAAGUGAGAGGGAACAG